AUGGGGGGUGAGAGCAAUUGCUUGCAAGUCGCUCAGCAGAUCCCGUUUUCCUUUUUCAAUCUUGGCCUUGUGAACGAUGCAAAAGUGUCACAAGAAGAUCUGUAUUUUUCGAGAGACGAUCUGACUAAUCCUGCCUUACAAAAUGAGACUCCUCUGGUGCAGUUUUGGUUGAUGUGCGCGUCCAUAUUUGACCAUCCAUGGACGAUGCUUUUUGAUGAAUUUCUCGAGGAAUCCCCAAUCCCUUGCAUUCAAGAAACAAAACGGAAGGUGAUUGAGGGAUUUCCCAACAACGAAACUAAUAAGGUGGAGAUUCACAAGGGGGUCAAAAAGAUAUUUGAUCCUGAUUACGAGGAUUCUGAGGAGGAAGACGAUCCGACGGGUGACAAGGACACUGGCCUUGUCAAUAAGUUCGGCCAACCCGAUGGGUGGGACUCUGACGAGACAGUGGACUACAACUCCAACGACAGGAGGAAAGACAUGGACAUAGACGUCGAUUUUGGCGAUGAUGGCUGCUACGACGACGACAAUGACAAGGAUGAUGUGGAGGAGGAUGACAAUGAUGCUGACAAAUCGUCCAAGGAUUCUGUCAUUCUUGUGGAAAGUACCUACCAGACUACGGACAAAGAUAGUGACAAUGACAACAACAACAUGGGCCUGAAUACCAAUGAGGCAGUUUCCGAACUGACCGGCGUCACUGGUGAAGACAAGGAUCCCAAAUUGGCAUCCCCCCCAAGGAAGAAGGGACGGUCCCACAGGGUUUCCUUGGUCGCUCAUUCAACAGAAAUGGAGGUGGACGGGAGCUCUUUCAGUGAAUCCGGUGCUAAACGUACACAUUCAGCGUCUACCUCACAACCAACCAAAAAACCAGCACAGAAAACUGACACUACCUCCACAAAGAAAAGCUCUAAAGCCAAACAUAGACUUCAACGCAGCUUGACAUUGGAAGAACGCCUAGAUGGGUUGCGCCAAGUCAACUUGGACGGCAUGGACGGCCGGCCUCUCUUGGUUGAACUGGGAAUGGCGUACAACUACCAAGGCCAACAAGGGGGAACACGACCCAUGCCUCUAUUAUCUUGA